GGUAGAGAACACAUUGGUCCGAUGUGUUUAAGAUUCAUAACGACAUAACCAUAUUGACCAAAUAUUGUAGGACGAGUUGUCGCCCUCUGAAAGGUCUUCUUCGUUGAAAACAAAAAUAUCAUUGUUGACAACGAAAAAUGCUCUCCGGUUUCUCCUUUAAGUUUACUGCAGUUGUAAGAAAAAUGUGACAGAUACAGGGUACAGAUUUGUAUAAGAAAAAUGUCUGCCCAAGUGGACAAUACCGGCGUUAAUCAUGGCGUUGAGAGGCUUCUAGAACUCGCUGAUCGAAUGAGGCAGCUUGAUUUUGGAUUCAAUGACAAGGAUAUCAACAACAUAGAUAAUAUCAUUGAGGCCAUUCAUGAGUUGGAUGGAGCCAGAAGGAAAAUGCAUGAAAGACUAGAAACAGAGACCAUACACGCUAGUAUCCUGCGUCACAAACUACAAUUUCUGCCAGCCCAGAUUCGUGAAGAAAUUAAAGCUGCAGUUUUAUCAGCGAGACAAUCUAAUGCUUCAGCACAAAAUGAAAUGCAGGAGAAACUUGAGCAAAUACAGAAAAGUAUGUCAGAUCUUGAAGAACAUCAGCAUGACCUGGACAAAGAGAAUGCAAAGCUGCACCCUGAAAGGGAACUUAUUCGACAGAAACAUGAAGAAGUUAUAUCGCAACUGAAUGAGAGGAUGGCAGAGAAAGCUAAUAUGCAGAUUAUCCUGAAUGAAACACGAGAUAAAGUCAGACAGACAAACCAAAGUAUUGUGGAUCUUGAAGAUGGAAUCCUGCAGUUAAAAGAGGACCUUAUUCAGGAAAGGACUGAAGCCAGACAGGAGAAGAAGAAACUAAAAAGAGCAGUGACAGACACAUCAGACAUGACCAAAGAACAGAAGCAGAUCAACGUGGAUAAGAAAAAGGAGUUAGAUGUGAUUCAAGAAAAAAUGAUGGAAAGUGAUGGCAAACUUGAAGCUGUGAGAAAGAGUUUACGGAGAUAUGAAACUUCCAAGGCAAAAUUGGAAGGUCAGGAACGACAACUGAAUGCACAGUUAACCAAGCAACUCAAACUCAAUGAAGAGCUUAGGAGAAAAGGAACUGCCAUUAUCAAUGAAGACAUGAAACUACAGAAAGAAUUUGAAGACAAUGAAAAACAGCUGAUGAAGAAACUAAAAAGACUGGAGAUUGAAACAACAAAGGAAAAUGCCAAGAAUGCUGAGCUGGAGGGAAGAAAGUUAGAGCUGAGGAUUGAUUUGGAAGAAAAGCAGCGAGUGAGAGAGGAUGAUGCCAUCAGAGUGAAGGACUAUGAUUAUGAGUUGCAGGCAGAAAAACAGACAUUGGCUGUUAAGGCAGAGGAAAUGGGGAGGAUGCAGUCAGAAAAUGUGGAUAUGGCAGAUCAGAUCGAGUCUUUGGCCGAGUCUCACAAAGCUGUACUGGCACAAUUGAAUAAACAAAUUGAGGGUUUUCGAGAGCAAUUGUCAAAGGAGAGAAAGGAUAGUGAAGCUAGAAUUUCAGAGGAGAAUUCCAGAGCAAGCUCAAACAUGAGUCGUCCGACUGACUCAGACUCACAGAGUUUGAUUGAGUUCAAUCCCAGACCGCCAAGCCAGAGACAAAACUUGUUCAAGAAGAAGACACCGAUGUCUGCUAGUUCCACAACCUCUGUGGCCUCAUCCGAGACCCCCACAGACAGGAAGUCGCCCCCUCCCCACACUCCCCACUCAGAACGGUCUGAGACAGACUCGGAGGGAAUGGAAGUUCAGGAGAGGAAGAAUUCGGUGCAGAAAGAUGUUGAGGAUUACAAACAUGAAAACCAGAGAUUCUUGAAUGAAAUGAAUCAGAAAAUUCGGGAAGGAAAAGCGGCACAUAUGGAACUGACAAAUGAGGGGACCAAACUCCAAAAGGAGUUGAAAGAAGAAGAGGAAGUGAUCAAAGAUCUAGACACAAAUCUCAAAAAGGCUCAGACCAGAUACACCAAGAUGUUUGAGUCCAUGCAGGGAAAAGUUGAUAAAACAGAGAAAGAAAUCAACACCAUGGAGACACAGAUAGAAGAAAAGAAAAAGCUUAUUGAGGAGAAAACACCAGUGUUUGAGGAACUGGAGAGAGUGUUUGAAGAGAGAACUAAUGCUUAUAAUGCAAUGAAAAAGAACAUAGCUAUUAUGAGGCAGAAAAAGUCAGCUCUUGAAGACAGCAUUAAGAAAACAAAAGAAGAGAGAGCAAAGAUGGAAAUCCCUAAACAUCAAGUGAAGGAGGAUUUGAAGCGCAAGAGAGAGGAGACCAUGUACCAACUGAAGCGACAGGGAGACGACCGACAGAAGUUGGAGCAGGAGAUCUAUAGAGCAGGGUGUAAACUACGAACUGUCAUGGAGGAGAAUCAGAAACUAGAAGAUGGUUGUCAAAAACUAGCAGAAGAAAUUGAGGAAUUGAGAAAACAGAUGGAAGAAAAUAUUGGCUUAAAACUGAAACUGGAUGAAGAAUUGGAGGAAGUGAAAGCUGGCCUUGUCAAAAGCUGGCAAAAUGAUCGAGAACUCAAUGAUCUUUUCUCAGCCAAGGACCAGAUAGUUGUUGAUGGAUUCUCUGAACUGCUCCACCAGACAGAGGAACGGGAGGUCAAGAUUAACAAAAUCACCAAGCGUUUGAACGAGGAGCUAGUGUAUCUGUCAAGGUUUCUGGAAAACCUGGCCACUCGACGCCCACAACAUACACCACCACCAAGCCGAAAGUCUGGAAGCCGCGCCUCCAGUAGGCGGACAGAGGAGGGGCGUUCUAGUAGAAUUAGUCAAUCAGCUCUACAUAGUAAACUCCAAGAUGUAGAUACUGCCAGUGCUGCACAAAGUCGACUCAGCACCAGACCGCCAACAAGAGCUGAAUCCAAGAUCUCCAAGACUGUUACUAUUUGUGAUGAACGCGAUAUGAAAGACUCCGAGUUUUGAUCAGGAAACACAAGUUAUUUCACAAAGAAAACAAUAUGUCUGUGUUAUAUUGAUCGGUUUGUUUUAUAUAAAUUAUAUAUUUAAAUGUU